UAACUCGAGGGAAAAUCAUCAUGGAGUGGAGUGUAUACAAUAUCAAUUAAGAUCCAUGAUGAUUCAUGAGUUUUGCUCUGUGAGGAUAUUUUACUAUACUAAACACUAUUUUACUCCAUUCCUUUAUUAUUGUCCAUAGAUGACGGAGUAAUGUAUGAAAAAACAAUAGCUAUAUAGUCUUCUUCAUUGUUGAAUAUUGUUUUGAACAAAAUUCAUAGCAUUAUCAGUUAAAAUAAAUAAAAAUAAAUUUUAUUAACGUUAUCUCUACAAAGUAAAUUAUUCAUUCAUUUUUUAUAAGUUUAAGGGAAAUAUAUACUUAAUGAGUAUGUCUCCACUUAAAAGAGAAUACUUGCCACCCCCAUUGUCUCCAAGUCCUGUACUUGAUAUUAGUGAUGAUGAGCUUGUGUCAAUAUCUGUAAGAGAUUUAAAUCGUCAAUUAAAAAUGCGAGGGUUGACUAGAGAUCAAAUAGUACGCAUGAAACAACGUCGAAGGACAUUGAAAAAUCGUGGUUAUGCGGCUAGCUGCCGUAUUAAGAGAAUAGAACAAAAAGAUGAACUAGAAACAGAAAAAUCACAAGAAUAUCAAGAACUUGAUGACCUGCAACAUUCUAAUAAUAUGAUUCGAUCAGAAGUUGAAAAUACAGUUAGGCAGUUUGAAAUGUUAAAAAGAUUUGCUGCAGUCAGCAAAGUGAUGAUACCUUUGGAAAUGCAAUCAUUAUGAGACAAUUUGAUUACUAGUACAUUACAAAUUAUUAGUUAGCAUAUUAGUAUUAUGAUUUUUUUAUAAUUUUUAAUCAGAUAUUAAUAAUUUUUAACAGUGUAGUAUAACAUAGAAUAUUUCUAUGAUUAGGGAAAAAUUAAAUAGAAAUUAUCAAACCUAAGGCUUAUAUUCUUAAAAUAAUUGUAUUUUUUAAAACUUAUUAGCAUAAUCAUAAGUUAAUUUUAUAAUUUAUUCAUUUUAUGAAUUCUUAAUUUAUUAUAAAAUAAUAACAUAAUUAUAAUAAAAUAUAAUUUAUUAUUUUUUCUUAAUAUUGAAAAUGUUUCUUUUUAUUGCAGCUAUUUGGUGUUAUGUUAGAUAGUAUUGUAAAUUUAAUAUGAUGAAAAAAAAAGUAUUUAUUUGUUUUGUAAUAAAUGUAUAAUUUUUCUUUUUAAUUUUUAAAAUUAUUUAUCAAUUAUAUA